UGGCUCUGCGGCGCCCCCGGGUGGCCCCGCGCGCUCUGCGGUUGCUCCCGCCCGCCGACCCGCCGCGCACCGUUGUCCUGGAGAGGGACGCGGAGGCGGCGCCGCCGCGGGCGGGGAGGGCGGUGGCCGCGGAGUAGAGACCCCCGGUUCGACCGUCCCCUGGGCCGGCCCCACCGAGUCCUGUCUGGCCUCCUCGCCCGCCGGGCCGUUCCAGAGUCGCCGCGGACCGCGCCGGCAUGUCGGGGGAGGCGAGUGCGCCCGGGGUCUCCCCUCGGGCCCCGCGUCCCGGGACCCAGAAGUCGUCCGGCGCGGUGACCAAGAAGGGGGAUCGCGCGACCAAGGAGAAGCCGGUCACCGUCCUGCAGCCGGUGGGCGAGGAGGAGCCCAAGAACCCUGAGGAGUACCAGUGCACCGGGGUCCUCGAGACGGAUUUCGCUGAGCUCUGCACGCGCUCGGGCUACACCGACUUCCCCAAAGUUGUCCCCCGGCCUCGCCCGCACCCGGCCUUCGUCCCCUCGGCCUCGAUGUCGGAAAAGCCCGCCUUAGACGAUCAGCGCCUGUCGGGGUCUUGCAGCCUCAACAGUCUGGAGAGCAAGUACGUGUUCUUCCGGCCCACGGUGCAGGUGGAGCUGGAGCCCGAGGACAAGUCGGUGAAGGAGGUCUUCAUCCGCGGCUGGAAGGUCGAGGAGCGGAUCUUGGGAAUCUUCUCGAAAUGCCUGCCUCCGCUCAGCCAGCUGCAGGCCAUCAACCUGUGGAAGGUGGGGCUGACGGAUAAGACCCUGACGGCCUUCAUCGCUCUCCUGCCUCUGUGCGCACCCACGCUCAGGAAGGUGUCUCUGGAGGGUAACCCGCUGCCCGAGCAGUCUUAUCACAAGCUCAUGGCACUGGACAGCACCAUCUCCCACUUGUCCCUGCGGAACAACGACAUUGACGACCACGGGGCUCAGCUGCUGGGCCAGGCUCUGUCCACACUGCACAGCUGCAACCGCUCCCUGGUCUCACUCAACCUGGGCUUCAACCACAUCGGGGAUGCAGGCGCUGGCUACAUCGCUGAUGGCCUCAGGUUGAAUCGCGCCCUGCUCUGGCUGUCCCUGGCACACAACCGUAUCCAGGACCAGGGCGCCCUGAAGCUGGCCGAGGUCCUGCGCCCCUUUGAGCUGACACACACGGAGGUGGUGGAGCGCCGCCGCCUUCUGCUGGAAAAGGGGUCUCAGGAGCGCUCGCGAUCGCCUUCCUCCUCCCGACACGGGGACUCCAAAGGCGAGAAGAACCCCUUCACGGGGGUCAGCAAUGUUGCCCUGUCGGAGAAGCCAGACAAGACGCCCGCCACGAAGACCCUGAAAGGCCUGGGCAAGAAAAAGGAUAAGUCAGGGGACGGGGCGAAGAGGGAGGAGAAGCCGGGGUCAGGGCAGUCACCCACACAGGGGACCCUGAAGAAAGAAGACGCCAAGGCCUCCAAGGGGAAGGUCACCAUCCCGGAGCAGAAGCCCAACAAGGGGAAGGGGCCCAAGAUAGGAAACAAAGAGAAGCGCAGCUUCCUGCUGGAGUCCGAGCACGGAGGACAGAGAGCGCAGCCGCGGGCUGAGCCCCUCGGGUCAGCUGCGGGGGUCCUCCUGCUUCAGCAGCUGGUCUCCGAGCCUUCAGAGGUGGUUAACCCUCUCCUGGAGCCCGUGGAGCACCGAGAGGGGAAAGUGUUCAUGCCCGGGAACAAGGUCCUUCUGCACCUCAACCUCGCCCGAAACCGCAUCACCGAGGUGGGGCUGGAGGGCUUCUUGGCCACCGUGCAGCACCAGGCCCAGUUCUCCAAGUCCAAGAGCGCGGCCAAGGGCCCCGUGGGGCUGCUGUGCCUGUCCCUGGCGAAGAAUUACUUCUCCCCGCAAUGUCCCACGUACACCAUGAUCCAGGAGCUGAUGCUGCCCAGGGACCCCAUCAGCAAGGCCAAGCCCAGAGAGGAGGAGCCCGCGGCGUCCUCCACCUAGCCCCUCCCCCAUCUCCCUCUGACACCCGGGGCUGCCCAGUGCUGGUGGCCUGGCUUCCCUGGCGGAGCUCUCCAGUCAUUAAACAAACUGUGAUUGCUGUGCUUUCCCCCUGCUGUUGUCUGAAGACUUUGUUCCAGAACUACACGGAAGGUUUGGACUCGGAGUCUGUUCCUGUCACGUGGCCUGAAUGGCCGAAGGGCUUUGCAGCUCUCCUGGGAUGAGAUCGGGCCCUUAGGCUCGGGUGGCCAGGGCCACCACACUCCUGCCUCCUCGGGCCUGCAUCUUGCUCUUUGCCUGUGUUCCCUGGAGGACACGGGACACGCCAGGACCCGCAUUCAGCCUCUUGUCUCAGAGGACGCGGUGGGGUGACCUUGGACAGGCCCGGUGAAGGGGCUCGGGGAGGGCUCAGGCUCCACCACUGCAGGCCCCUCCUCUUCUGCAUUUCCCUGUCGGCUCAGGUGGUCACUUGGGAGAUAGGGACUCGGCUAGGGACUUGAAGAAUUGGAAGGCUACUCUGGAGAGGGUGUUAAGUCUCUGGGCAUCGAUGUGGCAAAGAAAAGCACCUUGAAGCCCACAAAGCCCAGUGCAUUUGCCCGCAGGUGAUGGCAGCCCGAAGCCGGGGACGCCCCAACGGGCGGGCCAGAGGAGCGUGGAGGACCUGGCCUACCCCUCAGUCCACAGAGAUGCGCUUUCCCUGCCCCCACUCCUGCUCUGUGAGGCUUGGUGAGGCUCUGCAGCUCUGGGUACCUGGCCGCUGAGCUCCAGCUUGAGUGUCCCCCCCACUUCCCGAGCACACAGCAGGGCUCCUUGGGGGGAGUGCCAGAUGUCUCCCUGGAUCCCAAGCCCGUGGGGUCGGCAGGUGGCACGUGCUAGGUUUGGGAGGGAGCACGAGGCAGAGCCGGAAGGGAAUCUGGCCCUCAGGUGGUCCGUGAAGGCAGAAGGGCUGGAGGUCUGGAGAAAACGUGGCUUCUGGGUCCCGUCAGAGUGCUGGGACAGAGCAGAGGCUGAGGCCAGUGAGGACUGGCCAGGCCUCGGACACUGCCUCCGCCGGCCCCCAUUUUGCCUUAAGGGGGCUCGUGGAGGGCAGCUGCUGGGGUCUCCCGACUGCACCCAUUGCCUGUGUGUGUUUCGACGGAGUGGGCUCUGUCUCUUCCCGUUUCGGCCGAGGGGCCGUGGAACGUGGUCGGCCCGAUGGUGGCUCAGUGAGUGCAUGUCGGAAGCUCUGGGCCUGCUGUCUCCAGCCAUGCUGGGGCCUGGGGCCUUGAAGCCGGGCGUGGGGGCUGCCUCCUGUGUCUUCCCCCCAAUCCUAAGGACCACAGAAUCUUUUAUCCAAGCAGUUCCAGAAAUCACACACAUACCACCGCGAUUGAAGAAUAUUUAACUUUUCUUAAAAAAAAA